AUGGAGAUGGCAAUGUCGUUUGUAAGGUUCUUCGUGUCUUUGAUAAUUAUUUCAAAUGCAGGAAAAGAACAUAUUGUUUCUUGUAAUGGAGGCGAUUUAGUAUUAUCAGACUUCUACAAUGAAACGGCCAUUAGUCGCAUAGCAUUUGGAAGUUGCAGGUAAUUUUUGUUACAUUAUGGCGUCACCAGCCAAAAUGAUCCCUGAUGUGCUUUUUGCAUACCGUGAGUAAACUUUGUUUCCCGCUGUUAUGGACGAUAAUUUAUAAGAUGCGUAUCCUAAACAAAGAUAUUUAGGCUGAACAUAUACUUCGAAAGCGACGAUAUUGAUUUUGCUUGAACCUUUCCAGCACGAACAGAAGUGUGUAUGAGAUGUCAAAUUUAAUAUUUGCGACUGUAAUAAAUGAAUUUUUUCAACAUUAGCUUGAAAUAAAUAAAAAGAAACUUUAUUAGCUUCUAACAUAUGGUCUACUUUUCCUUUGUAGUUUUCCUAAGAAACCCCAGCCACUGUGGGAACAUAUCUCUUUCCAACAACCUGAUUUAUGGGUUUGGCUAGGCGAUGGUAUGUCUUGAAAUUUACUGUAUCCAAUUUUAUGACAACAGGCUGGGUUGUUGAUGUGAAAAUAUGCACGUGACAGGAAGCCCGUGGGGGGUGAGGGAGGUAUUCCUGGGGCUAAGAUGAUGGGAAAGUACAAGUGGGGUCAAAAAUUGUCACCCUAAAGAUCCCUUGAGUUUAAUUUCUCUUGAGUGUGAAGUAAAGCUUUCUCACCCCAUCCCCCACCCCCUCAACAUCCCCAAAAAUGUCAUGCUGAAUUUUUAAACUUUUUUUGAAGAAAAUAAUCUGCCCAGCAGGGUACUGAUGUCAUAGCUAGAAACGUUUUAUUAACCGUUUAUACAUUUCUUAAAGAUGUUACUUGAGAACAUACGUACAUACUUUAAUUGAAAGGUCAAUAGUAGGUAAUAUUAUUGCUGCUUUAAGUUGAGGUAGAAUGCAUGAUUGACGGGUAGUUUAUUUUAUGGCUUGCCAUUCUAUGUAUGUAUUUAGGUUUUUGCUUUAUUCCAUUUAUAGCCUUACCUUUCUCUUGUGUUCACAAAUUCAGUGACUCGUCAAGCUCCUUGACUGUAGUAUCCUGACAUUAAUAACACAUCUGAUACAUGUAUAACUUGAGCAAUUCAUUAUUUUUGUCUAAUCUGAAAAUCCUUCCAGUGAGAAUAUUCAUAAUGGUUUUGUUAACUUGUCAAAGCUUUGAUCGAUCUUAGCCCAAGAAAUAUGCUUUGCUAACCAGGGGUGAGAGAGCUUCCAGUUUCUUGCUUACAAUACAUUGUGCUUCUAAGAAAGAUUGUAACACACAAGGCAUAACACAGUAUAAUAUAUGCAAUAUAAUUUCACGUGGAUUGACUUUUCCUUGUGAUAAAUGGAUGCUUAAAUAAUGAUUAUUUAAGUGCUUUGUCAUUAAUGCGUAAAGAGCAUUAUCUCUGACUAAUGUUCUCAUGACUUCAUUUUAAAUGUAUAACAUUGAUGUACAAUAUGUAUACUUAUAUCUAAUUUCUCUUUGUAGCUGUUUAUGCUGACACCAAAAUAUUGCCCCUUGUGUGGACUCCAUCACCUCUCGGUGAAAUGGUAGACAAGUUUAAUGCCUUAAAGUAUUCUUUGGCAUAUCAGGUUUGAUUUUUUGUCAGAUCUUUUUCCAGUAAAAGUAAACUAUAUGUGAACACCUUAAAUUCAUGUCAUGAGUGGAAAAAAAAAAGUAAAAAAAAAAAUUUCCUUUCCUUUCACUUCUUCAUGUUGUUUACCAAUAGUCUAGUAAUAACCAUUUUUUUGCCAAUUUUGAUUUUACUGUAUCUUAGUUGUAACUCUUUCUUCAUUUGUCUAAUGUGAUAUCUAGCAUUAAUUAAGGAUCCGAAGCCUCAUGACUUCUUUAGGCUUUGAUUCCUUGCUCAGUAAUUUUUGCAUUUUUUACUUCUGUAUACAAUUCGGCAUAUUUCAUGGCAAAUAAAGAAAAAAAUUGCUAUACAUUUUAAGCUUCCAAGUGACUGCUCUGCUUCAGUCAAACGAUUGGCCACUCCACAUCAUUAGAAAAAUUAUGUUUAGCAGAACUCUGAUUUUUCCUGUCUACAGUACAGUAACUAUUAAGAGAGACAAGGAUUUCUUUAAGUCCUUGAUCUUCAUGGACAAGUCUAAUUUCUUACAAAUUUCUCUAACCAAAAAUAAAAUUAAUAUGGAUCUUUGAUGUAUAACAGACAUAAUCAACCCAGUGCACAACCUCGCUAUUAACUGGCUGAUAAAGAUAGACAGGAGUGGAGUCAAAGGUCUUAUUUUUUAUUUUAGUGGGCUUUAAUUUAAGGAUUGCAUUUAGUUUCUUACUUUUGUUUUGUUUUUUUUUUACAUUUAGAAAUUCCUCAGAAGUGGAGUUCAGGUCUUAGGUGUAUGGGAUGACCACGAUUAUGGAAGUAAUGAUGGGGGGAAGGUAUAAUUGUUUUUCCAUUUAAAGAGAAAAUAACUUCAGAUUAUGGGACCAGACUUUGUUUUCCAAGUCAAUAAAACAUGAUAAAAAAGAGAGAGAAGACUGAGGAAAGACAUUUUUUGAAAACUUAUAAAAGAGAGAUGGUAAAAUGGUCAAAAUGUUUAAGAAGGACUCCAGAGGCCAUUAUAAACCUUUAAUAUCUUUUCUAUCUAGCAGACUAACUGAUCACUUAUUUUCAGUAGCUUAUGUCUGAGGUAUAUUUAACUCAUAUGUAGUGUCAAUAUGCCAAUUUAUUAUUAUUAGCAGCAAAGAUAAGGAAAAUCUUGAUUGGAGUAAAUAAACUGAUGACAAAAUAGCAAAAGUGCAAGAACAUUUUAUGAUCUUGAAGUUUACUGUAUAAUUAAUAAGAUUUUAGGAAAUUUGCAAGAUUUUGCCUCAUCCACCCCUACCCCCCUUCCUUCAAGAAAAAGAAAAGUUCGUGCUUUGUUUAAGUGUGCAUGGCCACUGAAGGGUUAAGCAAUUGGUUUGAUAUGUUUUCUUUACAAUUGCAGCAUUACAAAGAUCGUCUCCAGGCUCAAGGAAUUUACUUAGAUUUCUUAGAUGAACCAAUAGAAAGCUUGCGUAGGAAACGCGAAGGUGCUUAUGCCUCCUACAUCUAUGGUCAUGGCAAUAAGAAAGUCAAGGUAAUUCUUGCGUUCUACAGUAUUGUUUGCUAGUGAAGGUGUUCCAGACAAUGAUUAUACAUAAGGACAGUUCAAGGCUGGAAUUGUGGCAAAAGACAGAACUUUCCUAAAUUAUUGUUUUAAUACAGAUGUGAUCUAAACUGGAGGGUUGUCUUUGCGUCGUGAAUUAUGGCCCAGGAAUCACUUUUUCUAUUGUCUGUUUGUUUGUUUAUUUUUUCUUUUAACUAUCCAAUUUUCCAGAUGUUGCAGAAUUAAAAUUUCUACACGAUCAAAUACCCACGGAAUGCUUUUUAGGUUUUCAGAGGGCCCGCGGCUGUUACCACUCUCUAAAGGCUUCUUAAGCGGCCCCAAGAGGGUCUGGAAGGAAGACUACCCCCAUUGAAAAAUAUUGCUUUAAAGUUUCCAUUAAACUGACUAUAACUAGAUUUAUCGUACUAGCGGAAAAAUGUGUAAAUUCAAAUCAGCUGGUUAACAGAAUGAGUUAUCUUGUCACAUUACCGCUAGCAUUUCCCUUUUAAAAAUCCCCAAGUUUGUAAGCGUUUUCCUAUAGGAAUGAGGCCUAUUAAUAGGGAAACUAAGAAAAUAAAAACAGGCAGAAAAGUAAUAGCAUACCAAGACCAGAAAAGCUGUAUUUUCACACCAGGAACGAAAGCAAACUUGCGUAGUUUCGGUCGAGGCGGAGUUAAGAUUCGGAUAGUUAUUAUUGUUUUUUUUUGUGUGAGUGUUUAUGUUAAAUGACGACUCGUGACUGAUACGAAAACCACUCAAGUACAUGUAGCUUCAAAGAGCGCUUUUCGGCGACAAGUCCAGAGGCGAAAGCGUUACUAAAUACAUUUCUACAGUGCCAGUGGAACGUUGAUAUAUUAAAACGAAGGACCAUGGGACUAGCGAAAUAUGUUCGCUAUAACGAGGUUUCGUCAUGGCGGAGCUCUCAGCGCGCAGGGGAGAAACAUGGGUAAAAAAAAUUGGACAAAAUCGUCCUAAACUGCUUGCAAUACGCCUUUUCUCUUAAAAUCUGUCUAUUUCGUGAUCUCAGCCAGCGCGAUUGCAAACUCUCGCGGCAAGUGGCUUCGCCGCUCGCGUGCUUCGGUUUUGCGUGUAGCAACUUUGCAAAGAAAAAUAAGAGACUGCUCGCAGUCUAAAAUCGUCUAUACGUACGUACUUACGUCCACCCCUGCAUGUAAGCCGGGGUAAAAUUUCGCAUUUCAAGCACCCGCGCGUUUCGGCGGUAAAUCGCAUGGCCACGCGGAGAUUGUGAGAAACAACAGCAAACUCGAGUCUUUCUUUCGACUUAAAAUUUUAAAGUCUACAUUUACGUGGAUAACAGAGAAAGAGCUAGAGCUAGAGCCAGAGAUAAAAACAAAGGGCUCCAAUUUCGUUCGAAGAGAAACAUGAAAAUUUUAUAGCGGCGGUGAGAAAAUAAGAAAUGCUGGCGGCCACUGACCAAGGUGAAAAUGAGCGGCAGUGAAAUAAAUGGGAACAGGAACAUUUCUUCCAUAAAACGUCCAACUAGGAAGUUCCUGCAAGUUUCACGCUGUAGUCAAGCAAAACAACGCCAAAGAAAUGUACAAAAAUAUUUUGCUGUACGUGCAAAGUUGUGUUUUUACUAAUUAUGCCUGCGGAUAUUUUUGCUGUUCUUUUUGCCUUCGCCGUUUGGCAUUACCUGAUUUUAUAUUUUGUUUGAAAAACAAUAAAUAUUAACGAGUGCUUCGCUUUUAGCCCUGGCUAAAUGUAUUUAGUAAAAUCCAACUAGUGGUCUAUUAUCAAUGCUGCGUUCUGAUUGGUUGACCUACUACCAGGCUAUAUGUUAUAGCCCCCUAGAAGAGAAAAGCGCACGUUUUUUUGCGGCAAAAAAGGAUUAAAGUCUAGCUUUAACUAGCUAAUUUUUUUUAUUCUUGAUAUUUUUGACAACUAGUUGGAUUUUACUAAAACAAUUAUUCCUCUCGCCCUCAUGGGCUCUGAGUCAACAGCCCAUUCGGCCUUCGGCCUCAUGGGCUAUUGACUCAGAGCCCAUUCGGGCUCAAGGAAUAUUUGUUAAAUAUUAUCAGUUAUUCCAGGUUCUUUUCCAUACAUUUUACCAUUACUGGGGGAAAAAAAUUGUUCGUUAUUCUGAGUACAUAGAGGCUCUGUCCCUCGGAAUUUCCAUUAGUCUAAUCUACCGCCGAAGACUGUAAGAUAAUUCACCACAACUAACAUAAACCCACCAUAGUGAUUGUUGCAUUAUUUUUCCUUUAGAUAAUCCUACUGGACACCCGAUCACAUCUCAGGUGGGGAUCAGAUUGUGACAUCCUUGGAAGAGACCAGUGGGAGUGGCUUGAAAAACAACUAAGUGAAUCCAACACAGCUCAAUUGACAAUUAUUGGGAGUGGAAUACAGGUGUGAAAUCUUCCUUGUAAGUGGGCUCCACUACUCCUUAGAAAACUACCAGACCCUUGCUGGUUGUUUUGGGCCCAAGAUUUAUAGUCAGAGCUAGGACAGAAGAUGAGUAGAGUAGCCUGUAGAGUAGCCUGUAGGCAAGCUCUCUAUUUAUGGCGAAAUGGUGCUAAGAAAGUCAGUUUUAGAGCUUGCCAAGCUGUAGCUAGCAUGUACUACCCCCCAAAGUAAUUUGAACUAGCGCGAAGAGAGCCGCAAGAGAACGCGCCCUCGCACUCGCUCCUCCUUUCGCGUGCUCUUCACGCGUGACUGCCCAAAUGGAGAAAUCUCGUUCUCUUUUUUGACGCCAAUUUUUUCCCCAGGGGCUUUCUCUCGGUCAAGCCGAACUGGUAUCAAAUUGAAACUCAGCCAGGAGCCCAACAUUAUAUCACAUUCAUGAAUGACCAAGCAGUAAAAUCACUUACCCAUUCCCUUUUCUGUCGGGCGCACUUCUAAUCUGUUGCGGGCGAUCAGAGGAUCUCGCAAUCCUAAUCUCCGGGUUGCUAUAACGCAUGCGCGGGACGUUUGUAAAUUCGCCCUUAUAAAAACGAGAAGGAAACUGGGCCGAGUUAGGUUUUGCAAAGACUUCUGGGAUCUUUUCUGGGACGCGCCGGUCAGCUAUUGGCCAAUUUUUUUGCCCUGUGCCCAGUAAUAUCCCAGAAGUCCUUGCACAAGAUAACUCGGGACAGUUUCUGUUUCGUUUCUAAAAAGCCAGGCCCGGGUUGUUCAAACGUUGGAUAGCGCUAAAUAACCUUCCAGCGGAUAAGUAUUAGGGAAACCAAUUGCGCUAUCCACUGGAUAGAGAUUUAUCCAGAGGAUAGCGCUAUUUAUCUUUCGAGCAACUGGGCCCAGUAGUAUACGUUUGCACUUCCACCAAAAUGAAUCGAAUACACAGAACGCAAUCUGAUCUUGUGUGUUUGGACCUUCCGUCACUAGUAAUCUGAUCACAAGUGUUUUGACCUUCUAUUAAGUGAAACCUACGCAAAGCACAGCGUUAAAGCAAGAGCGUUUGACCUUCAAUUAACAUUACCGGUCCUCCCUAACCUUUCCUAACCUUGGUUAUUACUAGUAAUUCCAUCUACAAAAUAAUUCUACCGAUUAUGGACACAUGUAAGUGUUUUAUCCUAGGUGUUGUCAGACAUGCCCUUCACUGACAAGUGGACCAGUUGUCCGUCAAGCUACGACCGUUUGAUGUGGCUCGUACAAAAAAAUUCCAGAGUGAGUAAAAUUUGAAUCUUUAGCUCGAAAACAGGAUGGCAUUGACAGAGAUGUCCUUCAAGCGUUUAAUUCUGUGAUAACAAAGCUACCUCUUUCUUGUAGGUUAUUUUCAUAAGUGGUGAUGUUCACUUUGGAGAAUUCGCUUGCUUAAAUAACACCAGUACAGGUUGGUCAGGCAUUUGUAAGUAAAGUAAGUAAAACAGCAAAACGUGCGUGAUGAAGGGUCUGGAAGGGUAUUGCCGGGAUUCGGGAAAAGUUACUGGGAUACAGGAUUUGAUAGCCUGCGAGCAAGCUCUCCAGUCGGGAGAGCUCUUGCGGCACGUCUCUGGAAUUUGAAUAUCUGCAUCAAAAAAGUCGAUGCGAAAUGCUGAUUGGCGGAGAUGACAUUAGCAAUGACGUCAUUACCCUUGGCACGGGUUUUCAAUGUUUGUUUACAUUCGCGCUUGUCUCCGCUUCGCGUUGAUUGGCGAAAAUAAGACGGCUAAGUCGACGGGGAGCCACAGUGGAAUUGGAGGUGGAAUUCAAAUUCCAGAGACGUACUUGCAAGCUCUCCUUUCUUUUCCCGCCUCGCCGUCCGAGCGCUCCAGAGAACUUGCUCGCAGGCUAAGGAUUUGACUGCUACCCGAGAAGCGGGAUUCGCCAAAAUCGGGGAAGGAUACGGUAUUUGGAGGAUAGCGAUGACAGAAGUUUGUUGUGAAAAACAGAGGAAAUGCUGAAUCAGCCCCCUCUCCCCCCCCCCCCACUAAUAAAAAGGUUCGUCUAACGACAGCCACUUUGAUAUUUAGCCUCAAUACGAGCAGUCUCUUCCUUCCCUUAUAUUCUCUAAAAGACAGAAAGAGCCGAACCAAGUGAGCUACGAGCCGCGAAGCCGCGAGACGCCAAAAUCAUUCUCGGCCUGUCACUCAUGCCAUUCAGCAGGCUACGAAUAUCGCAGCAGCGGUGGGGGGCGGGGGGGGGGGGGGGAGACGGUUAUUGGUACUAGCGAUCAAGUUUUGGUUUGGUGAAAAGGUAAACAUCAGGGAAACUGGAAAAAAAAAGAAGGAAAAACUGAAAUAGAAAAAAGGCCCAUCCACACAAGACAAUUAACACCAGUUAAUCUUGGUAUUGAUGAUCUGUGGUUUUCUACAUCACGGUGAUGUACCAAUGUCACUUCCUACACCAUCAAAAUCUCUUUGAAGAACUUUCUUUUUCUCAACCGUUUUGACUCUUAACAGGAUAUCCUGUAUAUGAAAUAACCUCUAGUGGCUUAACAGGCACUUGUGUAACAUGGAUUACAACCGAUAUGUGUCGCUGGCUUCUAACGUAAGUACAUAAAGUCGGUAUACGCAAUCGUAAGACUUGAACAGUAUUUAAAGCACGAUAGCUUAUAGUCAAUAAUAUAAUUAUUCCCAACCGCUUAAAAAAGAAAAAGGAAAAAAAACUGAUCCUCAAGUAAAACUUGAAAUCUGUUUUGUUCCCCGAUUUUGAGUCCGUUUUGAUAGUGUGUAACGAAUUUUUGUUGAUUUUAGCAACCUUGAAGGUUAUUUCCUACACAUACACAGGGCCUUUGUAUUACUAGACAAGACUAUUACAAUGAGGUCCUGUUGUCGACUGAGAUUUUCACCAAACCUGUGAGUCACGCGAUAAGGAAUUAACGAAACAUUUAGAAUUUCAUUCACUUUGUGAGUGAAAAAGGUGUGUUUUCAACAGCUUUGGCAAGUAUUUUUUGAACCAACAGACAGCUGAAUAGAUAUAAAAUAUUUGUGUGACUAACAAAAUUCAUGACCUGUGCGGAACCUGCACGGGAAUUGUCUCUCUUACUUUAAUAAUUUCUAAUAUCUCUGUGUAAGCGUUGGUGGUAUAGUGGUGAGCAUAGCUGCCUUCCAAGCAGUUGACCCGGGUUCGAUUCCCGGCCAACGCACACUUCUUUUCCAUUCUGUAAUUUUUUUUUUCCUUUAUGUUUCUUUAAAAGGAAAAAGAUUCACUCAACGAUAUUCUUAUGCGUACAGUUAAUUUUUAUUUUCUUUUAGGCUAAAAAACGUACGAAGCAGACCAAGUUCUGUUCAGUUGUAAAUGACUUUCAGAAUCAAAUUUUUUCGUACAUUAUAAUUAAUACUUUUGCGGAGAAACAAUUUUAUGGUCGAUAGAUGAAGAUAUUACAAUGUGUUGCUUACCCACUGGCAACUGCGGAAGGCUUGAAAUCGAAACAAUUAUUCCACCGGAACUAGUAGGUCAACUGAAAUAUUUUUGCUCGUUUGAUAUCAAAGAUGGCCUGUUCACAGACCCUCUAUUUUCUCUUCAAAGUCCGUUGAGCUCGCGUGAUAAAAAUUAAACCGCGGUUUUCUAAAAGAAUGAAAAGAAAAAUAAAACAACGUCUGUGUACAGGCUAUAUCAAAGAUUGCUGACAUUGCAGUUCCAAAACAUUUGUUUCUAAUCAUUUAACUGAACCGUUUCAUAAGCUACCAUAUCGCAACAGCCAGGGUUUUUCGAUUUUGUAAGGUCAAUUUUUUGCGACCACUUGCAAGUGUGGAGCGCUUCUGUAGUUUAGAGCGGUUUAUUGCCUUUAAAGAUGAAGCACUAGAGUUGGGGCUGAGAUCAGACCAAUAAGAUUUUAAAACAUCGUUAAGGUUAUAUGAAAUCAAUGAUUAGCCUGAAUUUCAUCCGAUAACUUCUAGUCGUUAGUACUCCCUCAGUAACUGCUGAGAGGAGAAAACGGCUCGAAGCAAUCGGAUGAAAUUCAGGCUAAUAGCUGCUAAUCAGUGAUCGUCUCGAACUUAAUCGGGAUCUGAUUUCCUAAAAGAAAAUUUUAGAGCAAGUUUUCAUAAGUUGCCAAUCGGGAAAACGCUUUAAGUCAAUAGCUAAGCUCUCGAAGCAAAAGGGAGGGGAUGAGGGAGAGAGAGAGAAUUCUUCAGCCAUCGAGCGAGUUGAGAGCUUUCUGCGGCACUCGUCACUCUUCUAACCUUUCUUUUUAUCAUUAUUUUGACGAUAGGAAUAUCGGUCAUUCGUCGAAACGUCUUCAACCAUUCAUCACAGAAAUGAACUAUGGGUUGAUAACAAUUCACUGGGACACACAACCGGUAUGUAAUGACUCUGGGUAGUUUUUAGUGUGGCUUCGAAAGUAAUCGCCACGCUUAGUAUCUGAUUUGUUAAACUUCUCUUGCCACUUCAUCGGACAAUCGAGGCUAAACCAAAAGUAACUUCCCUCUCUACGCGGUGUUUUCCCGCCUAAAGUGCUUACUACAUGCACUUGCUUCCAGUUUUGAUCGCAUGGUUCAUUUGCUCGCUGUCAUUGUUAGUCAACAAACAGAUGACAAUUUUCCACGGUCGACACUCCUGGGAAUUUUCUUAGAAAAUCGAAAAAACAAAACAAAAACUAUUGCGCCAUGCAUCUCUGGGCGCCAGUAUUUCCGUAGGUACAACUUCCAUCUUUGAAUCUCUUAGUCUUAAACUAGUUUAUCUUUUUAGGUAAAACCAUUAUAACAGCUGAAUGAAUUACACAUAGACUAAACUUUAUUAUGCUAUUGACUAUUUUCGAAUUCCCCAUAAUACACUCUGUUUGCCCCCCAAAUUUGCAUAAACCAUUGUUUUUAAAUGCUCCUGGGAAUAUUGCAUUUUCCCAAGAGCAUUUUAAGACAAUAAGUUAUGCAAAAUUUGGGGGGCAGACAUUAUGGACACAUUAUGGGGAAUUCGAAAAUAGUCAAUUAGUUUUUGGGCGAUCGGAAUAAAUAUCACGUGACAAUGACGACACAAUAGUUUUAGCUCUAAAUCAAAUUACAGACCUUAUCGGCAUUUUCUUUCGAAAUGCUUGACGCUACCUGUAGUGCGAAGUUUCACAAAAAUAUAAAAAUCUAUAAGAGAAAUUUCCAGCUAUCAUGGAAUUUCUACAAAAAGGGAUAAAUUGUGCAUGAACUGAAGGCUGGACUUAAGGCAGACAAAUUUGCUACUUUUUGGUUGUUUCCGAAAAGUUUUUAUCACUCAUUCGUUUUGUUAAUACACUCUACAACGGGCUAAACGCAAGUAGACUUGCGCGAUUUAGAAAAACACGAAAACAUGUGAAUCAGGGUAAAACGCAAUGCUGAGUCUUUUUGUAAUUUCAAAGGCUACUUUCACGAAAACAGCGAUUAAAACAAAAUUCGUCGAUAGAUUUCGUUAUAAAACCUCAGUGCUGCAGUUGAUCAAUGUACUGUAAAAUCCCCGAAUUUCGUAUCCACCACCAUACAAACGUCUGUAUUGUACAGCAAUAUCUCCGCACACUAUGGAAGUAUCACCUUUAAACUUGGUAAGUUAACUAAUCUCAAGGCCGGGGCUCUCUUCCCAGCACUGCCGAUGGGUAUUCGUUUACUUGUCUUUAUAAAAACUUUAAAAAAAAAAGAAAGAAAAAACCAUGGACGAGGCUACUCUGAUCCGCUAGAGGAUCGCUAGGCUGAGAUAUUUUUACCUACCACAAGCUUGUCAAAACAAUACAAAAAACGCCUUCGUUGAUCUCUUUGGGUUCAAUGUUUUCUCACGUAGGUUAGCGUUACGGUGGAGGUACGCGGUGAGGCCGGAAGUUAUCUCAAGCAAACUAUAUCAUUAGAUCAGUUAGAAAAAGUAAGUAUGCCCCAGAUUUCUUUUUCUUUGCGCUUAGUGUGACAACAGGCCAUUUUCAAGAAAGUUCAAGAACUCUCACUUAAAAAGUGGCACUAAGCGCAAAACCUUUCUUAUGAAAAUGAGCUUCAUUUUCUUACCAAUGGCACUUAGCCUCGUUUUGAGACAGAGGCUUGCACCAGUCGGAAAUGGCCAAUUGGCGUUUUAUAUUUUGAAAUAUUGAAGCGGCAGAAGAAGCUUCAAACUAAGCUUAACGUUUACAUAGGCAACUGUACCCAUUACCUAUUUACUGUCAAGAUGUGAUUAGUAUUUUAUGAACCUUUGUUAUUUUUUAAGACCAGGAAUCUUAACAGAUGUCCACAAAAAAUAGAAGAGCCCCCAGUGGUCAAGAAAGUAACUUUCUACACUGGAGUGUUUCUACUUUUGUCGAUUGUAUUUAUAGCACUUUUGAGGUAAGCAUUUUUUUUUAAUUUAUGGCGUUAUUUUUUAAAACACUGGGCAAGCUCAGAACAAAAGAAAGCAUGCAAAUGUUGCAAGAGCCUGUUGAAAUAAUGUUGUUAUAGUUUGUCUGGUGGUAAUGUUUAUCAAAAACGUGUUACCUUUUUUCGUGCACACAAAAGCCUAUAGUGUGUUUCUACCCUCCAAUCAAUGAUUGUUGAGUCGUUUAUAACAAAUGCAAUCCACCCGUACGAUUUUGUAUCGGCUUUUUCCAACUCACUUUGUUCUUUGCUCUCUUUAUAGGUUAUUGGCCUUCAUCGCCAAAAGAGUCUUUAAAAUUGUGCUGUGUUUGCUGGGAAUAACUGUUAAAAACGCUGCAGGUGGCUCGGAGUACGUUAAUUACAAGAACAAGAUUAUCAAAAGAGACUAACUUAAAACAGUUUAAGCCCUAUUAUAGGAAGAUAAUUUGCAAUUAUUGGAAGACGUUUUUAGUAGUAAGAAUUAUAAAGGUGUUGGGAAAAAUUAAUUUUGGAUAAUAUCAUCACUGGCGUCUCAUAAUAAACAAUGCGCAGAGCAUGA